AUGUUGACUGCUUUCUACUACUUAUUUCUUUUGUCGACAAGAACCGAGUCUAAUUCUAACUUUUACACGAAUAGUUAUCUUCAGUACGACUGUAUAUACUAUUCUUAUUCAACGGAGUUUUUACUACCAGUGAAAAUAGAAUAUUGUUCUCGAUCGACGACUGAUGUUGAUCUCAUGCCGAUAUCAGAUUUCAUCAAUACUCGCGAUCAAAAUUAUACAUUUCACCAACUAUUUCAAAUCAAUGUCACUGCCUAUGACAUUUUCCAUUGGUCGACCUCCAUCGAUCUCGCCGAACAGUAUCAAGACUAUCUCGAUCAUCACAACACAUCUCUUCAAGCUAAUCAACUAUUCUAUAACUGUACACCACCAUGGUUUGGAUCUCGAUGUCAGUAUUCUUUGGAAUCCGACGAAAUCGAGUCCACUGCUCUCGCUACUGGACACACGUGUUAUGUUCUAUUGGACUGUGAUCGAGGUGGAGCAGCUCUUUGUCUCGACUGGCGAGAAGUAUGCGACGGCCGAAUCGACUGUCUGAACAAUGGUGUUGACGAAGCUGCAUGUUUCGAUCUGGAAAUCAACGAGUGUGAGCCGAAUGAAUAUCGCUGCCACAACGGACAAUGUAUUCCACACUAUCAUCAGACACUUGAACAAAUCACGGCAGAAUGUCUAGAUCAAUCCGAUACAUGGACUGAUUCGCUUUGCCCGAGUUCUCAUUCACCAGCAGGUAUAUUCCAAUGUGAAGAAGUCGCAUGUCCACCUGGUCAGAAGAAAUUCUCAUGUGGCGAUGGACAAUGUGUCGAUGAUUUCGAUGAAUGUAUCAACGGACGACAUCUCUUGCUGUUCGAAUCAUUGACUGUACAAGGAUCCUUACCUGAUGAUUGUUGGUUGGCGAUGGUUUGUCUCACUCGACUAAUGCAUCCUAUCAAUCCAACAUUCUGUAACGGCACAACCAUUCAUCUUUCUCAUCUUCGUGCAUGUGAUCAUCUCAUUCAGUUCCCCAUCAGUCCUGUCUUGUUCGGUCAUGUUCACUUUCUCUACCAACCUAAACAAAUAUUUGAAAUGACCAAUGACUCCAUCCUAUUACCCGACUAUAUUUGCUAUGACGAACAGUUGUGCACUUAUCUUUCGCCAACAUUUCGCCACAGAUCUCAUACAUGUCGUCAUGCUCAUCACAUGGGACUAUCACAAAACACAAAGUAUCAUGGUUGGAAACACAUGAUCCGUGUCAUCAAACCAUACUUUGUUGGUUGUGCUACUCGGUACACAGAUGAAAAACAUUCAUCACUGUAUCAGUGCCGAAACUCUUCGAAAUACAUCUCGAAACAUCGAAUAGCUGAUAACAUCACUGACUGCUAUCUGAACGAUGAUGAGGAAGAUCACGAACUCAGUUGUUUCCUUGAUCAGCCACAUCGGUUCAAGUGUGCGAACGAAAGUCGAUGUCGAUCGCCCAUACUUCAACGAUUGGGUUGUCCUUUGGGUGAAAAUGAGACGAAAACGAUCGACAGUAUCUUGUUCAACCAGAUAUGUGAUGGCGCUGUCGAUGUUUCAGUUGAAGUGUUCGAUCGUCAUGGUCAUACGGAUGAGACUGAUUGUGAGCAUUGGCCAUGUAGCAAUGUGUAUAGCCGAUGCGAUGGUUUCUGGAAUUGUCGUAAUGGUGAAGAUGAAGAAGCGUGUCGAGCAUCGAACUGCUCUCGUGGUUUAUUUGAAUGUAUGUCACCACUCAACUAUACGAUGAUAUGUUUAGCAGCUGAUAAAGUUCGAGAUGGGACAGUUGAUUGUGUUGGAGGAUUAGAUGAACCACAAUUAUGUCAAAGUACGAAUGCACAAAGCGAAAGAUUGUACCGAUUUAGUUGUUUGGAUGGGCGAACGUGUAUUGAACCUUACGUAUUAUGUGACUCGGAUGGCGAAUUAGUUAAUGAGGAAGAGCUAUGCACGGAAUGGAUCGACUAUGAUCUCAGUAUAAUCCAAGAUAAUAUUUGCCAUGCUAUUGGAUUAGAACGCGCUCCAUUUCCUCUAGAAACGUCUGAAGUGUAUCCAGCACCUGAAAAGAAAGUCAUCAUUCCUAAUAUUGAACCGGCCCGAAGGCCGAUAAGCGUGUACUCCUUAUCUCUGCAUUGUGUACGUGGCUUGCCCAUUCAUGUUUGGCUAGGAAACGAUACUCAAACUGCGAGGUGUAUGUGCCCGCCGAAUUAUUAUGGAGAUCGUUGCGAAUAUCAAAGUCAACGCGUAAGUUUGGUGCUAACACCAUCAUCUGUGAACAUGUACCACACAUACAUUAUUUUCACGAAACUAGUUGAUGACGACUUGCAGGACAUACAAUCAUAUGACCAAUUCCUGUAUGUCUCUCAAAGUAGUUGCAAAGAUCCGUUCGAUAGGUAUCUAUUAUAUUCUUCCAGACCAAAAAAUAUUUCAAAAACCUACAGCAUUCAUAUUGAUGCGUAUGACAAGAACUCUACGCAAUACCUUGCUAGUUGGUUUUACAGAGUUCCAUUUCUGUUCCUUCCGAUUAAUCGACUAAAUAUUUUGCUAACGCUGGACAGCCGAAGAGCAAUGAGUCCUAGCUCUUGCUCUUUGAAAUGCAAUCAUGGUAUCUGCAUGAAAUAUAACAACGAAGAAAAAUACUUCUGCCGAUGUAAUCCAGGGUGGUCCGGUGCUCGAUGCCAUAUUCAAAUCAACUGUAGUGACUGUUCGUCAGACUCGCUUUGUGUUGGUCAAAUCCAUAAUCGAUCGAUCUGUAUUUGUCCUCUCGGAAAAUUCGGUAAUCGUUGUCUACUGAAACAUUCAUGUCCAGCAAAUUAUUGUGAAAAUAAUGGUCAAUGUAUAGUUACAGGUGAGCAUAUGAUCAAUGAAAAUUAUCAAUGCUUAUGUUCUGAACAAUUUCAAGGCGCCCGAUGUGAAUAUCCCAAAUCAAUAUUGAGGAUUUCCUUCCACAGUUUAGACCUGUCAACUUAUUUGAUAAUUUACAUUUAUCAGUCUCUUUAUUUAUAUCCAAGACACCCACAUGCUAUCAUACUGAAAAGACUAAGUAUAAGUGAUAAGAAUCUAACAGUACAUAUAGCAUCUCCUUUUCAAAUGGUUUAUGUCCUUAUCAACCGUAACUAUUAUUUGGCUGUCAUUCAACAAUCACAAGUAUUUAACAUUUCAGCUACAGUUGAUUCAACCCGUCGUUGCCCACCUGUUCAUCAACUACUCUCUUCCGGACAAACUAGAUUACCCAGAAUCCAACGAGUCAAACAUUAUCAUACACUAUGUCAACAACAUCCCAGUCUGAAUUGUUUCUUUGACGAAUCGUACAUGUGUCUAUGCACGACGGAUCGUCAUGCCCAUUGUUUUCCAUUCAAUCAUAAGCCUAACUUUGAAUGUCAAGAAAAUGUUCAUUGUCUCAAUGGUGGACAAUGCUUACAAAACCAUCCAUAUUGUCCUGUUACAACCGUAUGUGAAUGCAAUGACUGUUACUUUGGAGAUCGAUGUCAGUUCUAUGCGAAAGGGAUCGGUCUGACGCUUGAUGAUCUUUUUCGCUACGAAAUUCGACCGAAUAUUGAAAUGAGUGGACAGUCGCCAAUAAUCAAAGCAAGCAUAUUUUUCACCUUUGCCAUAUUUACUGUUGGUCUGGUCAAUAGUGUUCUUUCGUUUGCUGUCUUUUACCGGCGAAAACAUCGUACAAUUGGAUGUAGUGUCUAUCUUUUGACAUUAUCGGUCACAUCAUUCUUUACUUUUGCAAUAUUAAUGGCAAAACUUUGGUUUGUUAUAAUCACCCAAAUGAAUUUAAUAACACAAUAUAGUGUUCUUCGUUACGGGUGCUUAUUGAUCGAACCUAUACUUAGAUUAUUUUCCUCGAUGAAUUAUUGGUUGCAUGCUGCUAUAUCGAUUGAACGUACAAUGGCUGCAAGAAAUUCAUCAAGCUUCAACAAACAUUCGAGUCUUAAACGCGCCCAAAGAUUUGUGUUUUCACUACCGUUGGUAGUUGCAGGCGUGAGUAUAUAUGAAAGUAUAUCUCGUGACUUACAUUAUGAUGCUGAGGAAAAUCGUUUUUGGUGUUUUACUCUUUAUUCAUCAAUUUUAUACUACUAUACAAUGACUGUUGCAUUUAUUCACAUAGGGGCACCGUUUUGCAUUAACUUUUUCGCGGCUAUUUACAUCGUUAUCGUAAUGGCUCGUGAAAGAGCAAAAGCUCGAAAGUAUAAAUCUGAAGGUCAACAUUUUGUAGAUCAAUUGUACCAUCACAAGGUUUUAUUUACAAGUGCACUGAUGCUUGUAGUUUUAACUGUUCCUUUUCUUGCAAUCUCAUCAUUACUUCGAUGUGUGAAAGAAUCUCGAAAUGCAUGGUUAAAUGUAACAAGUUAUUACAUUUCGUUUGUUCCAACAACGUUAACGUUCGUCAUCCAUAUUAUGCCGUCGUCUGUGUACAUGGAAUAUUUUCAUAAACAGAUCAAAAAAUGGCGUGGAAAGUGUAAGAGAAAUCAAUACGUCUAG